AAUCGGAAUAUUCUUUAGAAGUCUAUUCCCCUAAUUUUUUUUGAAGCAUAUCCCCAAUUCUUUAGGAAAAGGGCUUCUUAGAACCGUAAAACCCGAAUCUGACUGGGAGGCUUUACUUUCACGCCAAGAGGCGCUUUUGCCGGCGCCACCUUCUAAUUGUUUUUACUUUUCUGUAUUUUGGGUUUUCGUCUUCCCUUCUGUUUUCCCUGUCAUUUGUUGUUUAAGCAAUCAGAGGUCAGAGAAAAGAACAAAAAAAAAAAAGGAAAUAUAUUGAUUUCAUUUGAGGAAGGAGAGGUCUUUGACCACGUUGAGAUUUUCCUCUGCUGCUUGGGUUUUUUUUUUUUAUAUAAUAUCGGGCUGUCAAUAUUGUUGACAGCCCGAUUUUAUUGAACAUUGCCAAUUCUUGAGGUAAUGUUUCAACAUCUAUUGUGUACUUUUAUGUAGGAAGUUUCCUUUCCUUUAUACAUGGAAGCAAUACAGCUUUCCAAGCAUUUAUUUUAAAGUAAUUUUCUUUGCCUUAUUAGUGGGAUUAAGGCCUUGCAUUUUUGUAUUGUGAGUUCUGGUAUAAUACUUGUUAACUUGUAUGAGGGUUGAUUAGUUGAUAUAUUGUGUAGGUGAUCUGACAUUGUCUUGCUCAGAUUUUCACUUCCUGUGUCUCAUUGCUGUGUGAUCUUUGUCAGUUUCGAUGAGGAUAUAGCUUGCAUUUUGUUUAUCGAGAGGUUUUGAGCUAUUUCUCCAUCAUGAGUUCCUUUUUCGGUAACCUUCAACGACCUCUGUUUACUGCUGCUGCUGUUGCUGUGGCAUCUGUUACUACUGAUCUUCCAAUCAAGUUUAGGAAUCCCAAACAAUCUGGUAUUUCUGUUGCCUCAGAAGCAUUGGCUUCACAGUCCUAUAAAUCAGUUCUAAAUUUGGAACCUUCAUGGGUAUCUAAUAUUGCAGCCUCGAAGCUUGCUAGUAUGUCUUUUGUAACUAGAAUUCGGGUACCAGUGCCGAAUGUUAAUUGUCAUCCUUUACCAAAUUCAAGCUGUGGUUUUGUUGGAAAUCCGAUGGGAUCAUCUCCAGCUUUGAUUAGCCUUUACAGAUCUGCUGAGCUGUCCAAGGCUUCAAAACCCACGACAAAUUCAUAUUCUAGUAAAAGUGUGCCAUCUGAAGAUUUGUACCGAUGGCAUUUGCCAGAACCUACAGCUGUUAUUGAUGUUGCUGGCGAUUCAGAUUGUUCAUCUGCAAAAUCUAGGACAGUUGUAGUAUUGCUGGGGUGGCUGGGAGCAAAACAGAAGCAUUUGAAUAAAUAUGCAGAAUGGUAUACUUCAAAGGGUUUCCAUGUAAUUACAUUCACGUUCCCGAUGUCUGAGGUUCUCAGCUACCAGGUUGGUGGGAAAGCUGAGCAGGACGUGGAGUCGCUUGUAGAACAUCUUGCUGGUUGGCUAGAAGAGGAGCAUGGAAAGAACCUAGUAUUUCACACUUUCAGCAACACAGGAUGGCUAACAUAUGGAGUUGCCCUAGAGAAGUUUCAGAAACUGGACCCUUCUUUAAUAGGCAGAAUCAAAGGUUGUAUAGUUGAUUCAGCUCCAGUUGCAGCUGCAGAUCCUCAGGUUUUUGCGUCAGGUUUCUCUGCUGCUUUCUUGAAAAAACAUAGUAUAGCAACACAGGGUUCUACAAAAGCAUUCGAUUCAGCUGAAGAGGGCUCUGUUGUUGCAAGAACUGUUAAUGAACUCGAACCUGCUGUUACUGAAACAGCUUUACUUGUGCUGUUAGAGAAAUUAUUUAAAGUGGUACUAAAACUUCCUCCAGUGAAUAGGAGACUAACAGAUGUUAUGGGACUGCUGUCAUCCAGGCAGCCAAGCUGCCCACAGUUGUAUAUUUACAGUUCUUCGGAUAGGGUUAUUCCAGCAAGCUGUGUAGAAUCAUUUAUAGAGCAGCAGCGGAAAUCUGGGCUUGAGGUCAGAUCUUGCAACUUCGUCACCACGCCUCAUGUAGAUCACUUUCGGAAUGACCCGCAAUUGUAUACAUCUCAGCUGACCAAAUUUUUGGAAGAUUGCGUACUUAAAUGUUGCAAAGGAUCCUUAUGAUAUCUGAUCAGAACCCCUCAUUGAUUCUUUAAUACCAACUUUAUUCAAUUUUUAACAGCUGAUAUGUAAAUUUAUGUUGGUUAAUGUUCUUACACUAGGGUAGCUGGUCUUGGAUUUACCCCAAUUGUAUACAACUUUGUCAAUACAGAUACAAAUGUAAAAAACAGAUUCAAUAUUUCAGCCACCAUAGAUUUUGUGGACAUUUUAUUGCCGCCAUAGAUAGCAAUGUCAUUCUCUUAA